AUGGACGCUCCACAAGCCGAACCUGGGUACAAGAUUAUCGACUGUUCUACCGGUAAAGAGUAUGGUUAUCCUAAAUUGAAAAAAGACGUUUUAGCAAUGGCUACUGCAUUUAAAAAACAUGAUCUUGGACUCGGAGACGUCGUGAUGAUUACAGACAAUGGCUCGUACGAAGCGCAAGUAGUUCUAUUAGCUGCAACUAUAGCUGCGUUGGAUCACACUUUAAGAAAAAGUGUCUUGAUAGCGCUAAUUGACGAGUCCAAACCAAGCGUAUUAUUUUGUAAUACGUUGAGUAUAAGUACAAUAACAGAUGUUUUAAAUAAUAUUACGCAUCAACCGAUAUUGAAGAUUUCUACUAUGGUUCGUGACGGCUUUACUACCUAUUCGAGUAUCGUUGUUGCGGCGGAAGAAAUUUUGUUUGUCCGUCCGAUAAAAUCAAAAAAUCCAAUUGGACCAUGUGCUAUUAUAUAUUCGAGUGGUACUACAGGAACCCCGAAAGGAAUUUAUUUGUCGAACAACGCUUUAAAAUCAGCUUUAAUAUCGUUCAAACAUUUAAAAAAAAAUAUUAUCGUUAGCUUGGAAAGCGAAUGUGUUAGCCCCAAUAUUGAAGGCGAAAUCCUUAUUAAAUCGGUGUCUAAUAUAAAGGGAUAUGUCAACGAAUUGAAAAAAACGAUUUGUUCGUACGACGAGGACGGUUGGUUCAGGAGCGGUGAUGUUGGAUACUAUACGGACGAUUGCUGUUUGUUCAUUGUCGGUCGGAAUAAAAAGAUGAUGAUUUACAUGGACGAGCAGAUUUCUCCGGUCGCCAAAGAAACCGUUUUAUUAAGUCAUCCUGCCGUGCUCGAUGCCGGAGACGGAGAUUUGUUGGUAGGAGUUGUCGAAGUCAAAUCUGGUCAAAAUGUCACACUCGACGUACUCGUAUCGUAUGUCAAUGAUAGAGUGAAAGACCACGAGAAACUGCGUGGCAGUAUUAUAUUCGUAGACGAUGUGCCUAGAUCUCCGACCGGUAAAUUGAAACGAGAAGAACUUCUUAAGCUCGUACAGUAAAUGUAUUAGCAUACAAUUCAAUAUUAUCAAUAAAAAGAACAUAACAGUAUAUAUAAAUAUUAAUAUAUAUAAGUUUAAUAAAUUUUAAUUUUGAGGUAAACCUAUACAAUUAUUUUGAAGUCUAAUUUAGUUUAAAAAUGUAUUGUUUUAUGUUAAUCAUAUUAUUUUGAAUGUUUUUAUAAAAAUUUUACUAAUAAUAUUCGAAAAAAAAACUUUAUUAAUGUAUAAAAAUUGUAUAAUAGUCAUAAAGUCUGAAAAAGAACUUAAAAUGUCCUAAAUAAUGUUUUAUCAUUAUUCAAUAUAGUAUAUAAGUUGUAUCAUGUCCAAAAAUAUUACCAUUUAGUAAAAAGAUUAGUGAUGUUUAACAUAAAACUUAUUUUGUACAAAAAUAUCUUGUAUCCAUUAAAAUGGUUUUUUUAUUGACUUGUCUUGGUUAACUAGUAGUUUACUUUUGACUCUUCCCCUCCUAUACUACCUAUAAACUAGAUCCUGUUUUUGACCCAAAUCACUCUCAAAAUUGAAUAUUGAAGUAUUUUUACUAAUUCAAAAGGUGAUGACAAGGGUUUGGAAGUUGAUGACCUUAAAAACCUUAAA